AUGGCUAGUCGGGCGGCGCAGAAGCGUUUGACACGCGAAUACAAAAGCAUCACCGAGAACCCACCGCCCUACAUCACCGCACACCCCUCAGAAACCAACAUUCUAGAAUGGCACUAUAUCAUUACAGGGCCCGAGAACACACCCUACCACGGCGGCCAGUACUGGGGCACACUAAUGUUCCCGCCCAACUACCCGUUUGCACCACCCGCGAUCCGAAUGCACACACCCUCCGGCCGGUUCCAACCAUCGAGCCGCCUCUGUCUUUCGAUAUCCGACUUCCACCCCCGAUCCUUCAACCCUGCCUGGGAGGUAUCCACCAUCCUGAUUGGCCUGCUCUCAUUCAUGACCUCAGAGGAGAUGACCACAGGCUCGGUAUCAGCUAGUGAGGCAGAGCGCAAGUUUCACGCAGCACGCUCGAAGUGGUGGAAUUCUACGGGUGGUGGAUCACACGUCAAGGCUGAGAGUGGUGCUGGGAAGGGAAACAUCAAGGCGGGCGAUGGCGGUGCCAAGUUCAAGGCGGAGUGGCCUGAGGUGGAUCAAGAAAACUGGAAGUGGAUGCAGGAGUCCAAGAUUGACACCGUCACGGGCAAUAAAAUUGUCGAAAACGGGGGGCAAUCGUGUGGGCCGCAACUUGGGAUUCCUGCCAAGAGCGGCCACCAAGCCCACGCCGUUGUCGAUGCCGUCAUCCAACAACGUGAUGCCGGGCAGGGCUGGCUCUUCCGGAAUAAGCUGUUGCUGAUCGGCGGUAUCAUCUUUCUUUACGUACUAAUCGCCCGAAUGCUUGGAGAAGGAAGCACGUGA